CGCAUGUAUUGUGCUCACAUGCAUGUUCAAAGUAACAUUGCUUGGUUUUUCGACUUUUCUGCCGAAAUAUACGAACAUUGUAUAUAGCUUGUAAUAUAGACUGUUUAUAUAAUGAAAGGAGGGACACAGACACAGACAACUUCACAAAUAAAACAACCCACAGACUCACACACAAAAAAGCCAACAGCUGAACAGAUCCGCUACGCACAGCUUCUUGGAAAUGAAGAAUCAAAAGUAGUUCAAGAGCAAAUCAGACAAGUUAUAGAACUUACAGGCCGGAGCCAUGAUGAGGUUUCUGUUGCGCUGCAUGAUUGCAAUUAUGACACAGAAUUAACCAUCAACUCUUUGCUUGAAGGACGACUUGAUCAGAAUGAAUGGGUCAUAUCCAGCAACCGCAAAAAGAAACAUCAGGGAGGAUCUGGUACGACGCAGGGGAUUGACAGUAUUAACACUACUGGAAAACAACAAAAAGACGCACCUAGACAGACCAGAGGUUCCAGGGGAGGGCGAAACAGACCAUCAGAUAAAUCAUCUUGGGAAUCAGAUCAUAAAGAUAAUGAUGAAAAUCGACCCCCAGAAAAUGGCCGUGGUAGAGGUUUACGUGAUGACAGAUCAUCAUCUGAUCGACGAACACCAUCAGGAAGAGGUGGACCUAGCCGACGUGGACGAGGGGGAGGAAAUAGAGGUCGUUCAUCAUCYCGUGGUCGUGGUGGUAGAAUUGGUAAAGGUGGACCACCAGUUCCUCAGCCUUCUUCCAAUGGACCUACAGUGAAUGGGACUGAAAUGUGGGAUAACAUUGAUGCUGACGAAGACUUAAAGAAUAAGCCUGAAUCUUGGGAAGAUACAACACAACCAACUGAAACAUGGGAAAAUGACACCUAYAUCCAUCCUCCGCCAGCUUCAGUCAAAGAGCCUGUUGCACCAACAAGCGUGUCAUCUUUAUUCAGCUCAGUCUCACAAUCCAACAAUAGCUGGACUACAGACAGUAAAGAUCAGCCGUGGGGGAAUGGAGAGACUGUCACAACAAAUGGGACUGCAGUGACACCGGCCAGCAGAGAACAAUCUAGUGAUAACACAACAUUCACCCCUGAAAGUGUCGACAUGGCUAUAAUCCACUCAAAGCUCCAGAGUCCAUCAAGAUCAUCUGACCAAUCACAUACCACCAAUGACCUGUCAUCCUUGAUGCACAUAUCACUGCCAACAAGCGCCAAUCAAAACCAUCUUGGCCCAAUCAGCAAGCUUUUGGAUAAUGUCAGCAUGGCAAGUCUUACRCAGCAAACACAGUCAGUGUCAACAGCACAGCCACAAAGACAGCCUAAAGCAAGCAGAAGCAAGAGGUCACAGAAAUCUCAGACUGUAGAAUCAGAAGUUAUGUCCUCAUUGCCGUCAACGUUGUCUUCGUCAUUAUCAAGAAGUGUGCCAGUAACUAUUGCAUCCACAACUUCAGUUGCUUCAAGUCUGACAGGAUUGGAUGAUCACUCACCACGACAUUACCCUCAUGCCUCACCGCAUGACCACAAGUCACAGGUGCUUGAUAGACCCAAAACCCCACCAUCAAUUGACAAUGACAGUUCAUCUCUGUCUGGUGUAAGUCGAAGUCCAACCAURCCACCUUCUAGCCUGCAGUCAACGCAACUAGUGUCCAGUUUGCCCAAAGAGAAUGCAUUGGAUUCACGAGCUUAUCAAGUUGGACAGCAGCACAUUCCCAGUCAACCUACUUUACCAAGCAAGGACCAGCUAACAUCCAAUAGCCUAGGACAUCACAGCACUCUUGGUGGCACAGUGAUGACAAAUACACAAAGAACUGACAGUGGAUCCAAUCAUCCAUUACAACCACCACCUGGAGUUGUCGUCCCGCACAGCACGUCCCAGCAGGCAUCAUCAGCCAUGGGCUUGUCAACAGCCACAGUGUCUAGUUCAAGUCGACCAGCACAGCAUUCUGGCAAACCAUCUCUCCCUCCUGGUGUACUUCCAAUCAAUACACUGUAUGGAAUACAACAGCCUGGAAUGGUUCCUGGAUAUUCUAUGCCAUUCAGUUAUGAAGAACUACAAAGACAAAUGCACAUGCCUCAAGCCUACUAUGACCUAUCUUUUACUGGACGAGAKAAUCUACAGGGGACUUUCCAAACAGACCAGAAAUUUGGACGCAGCGAUGCUUCAUCUCCAGUUCAAACGACAGUCAACCARCCACAGAAUCAGCAUCAUAUGCAACAGCAACAGCAGCAAGCAUACCUGAAUGCUGCUGCAACAAUGCCUCCCUAUGGAUUUGGAGGACUGGCAUUCUAUCCUGGUGGUGGGAUGAUGCCUGGUGGAUUCCCAACGUAUUCUGCUCCUAUGUACCAGCAAAUGGCUCCUAAAACCCAUGUCAAUGUGUCUCAAUACCAACAGCAGGCUUUCAACAGUCAGCAUGGAUCACAUAACUAUUCUUCAGGUUAUGAUGAUCUYAGUGGAGGUCAUGACUUUAAYAAGUCACCGUAUCACUCAGCAGCAUCACAGACACAGAGCAAAUCAUCUGCAGUUGUGAGCACGUCAGCAGACAUUGGUGGUGGCUCUUCUUAUAAGAGUCAAAUUGGAAAGUAUGAUACCAAAGCCUUCCUUGGCAGUACCCCUCCACCACUGAACCUCGGCCAACAUAGCCACCUUGGGAACUAUCCUGGACACACCCCACCCUUCAUGUCCAUGGUCCCUCCCACACAGCAGCAUCACCCACAUUCCCUGUUCCAUCACCAUGCWGUUGCACACCAGCACCAGGAUAUUGGACAAGCAGGAAUGUCACAGAGAGGACAACAAAGUCAGUUGUCUAAACAGCCACARAGCAAAGGAUCAUAUCCYAGUGGGUUCUGGUCUAGUGGAAAUAARCCUUGAAUUGUGUUAGAUAGUGUUGGCCCAUGUAUAGUAUUAUCACCAAUCCCUCUCAAUUUGUUGUGUUUGUGUCUCUCUUGGGUGCAAUAAAAGAGAUAUUUCGUCGAUCUAGGAUGUAAAUGAUGUCACACGUGUACAGACAAUACAGGAAGCAUGUAAAUGUUUUGCUAUUAUAAUUUAAUAUUCUGCAGUCUUUACCAAGUAGGAAAGGAGUUUUACACCAUAAUCUUUCAAUAAAUCAACUAUAAUUGAAUA